UUAGAAAUCCUUGCUGGGCAGGCAGGAGCUAGGAGAGAAGCUACAAUGACCUCAGCGGUCCUGGUGGACAUACGAGAUGAAGUGACCUGCCCCAUCUGCCUGGAGCUCCUGACAGAGCCCCUGAGCAUAGACUGUGGCCACAGCUUCUGCCAGGCUUGCAUCACGGGGAACAGCACAGAAUCAGUGAUGGGCCAGGAACGGGAAAGCAGCUGUCCUGUGUGCCAGACCAGCUACCAGCCUGGGGACCUGAGGCCGAAUCGGCACCUGGCCAACAUAGUGGAGAGGCUCAGAGAGGUGGUGUUGGGCCCUGGGAUGCAGCUGAAGGCGAUUCUCUGUGCACACCAUGGAGAGAAACUCCAGCUCUUCUGUAAGGAGGAUGGGAAGCUCAUUUGCUGGCUUUGCGAGCGGUCUCAGGAGCACCGUGGUCACCACACGGUCCUUAUGGAGGAGGUUGCCCACGAGUACCAGGAGAAGUUCCAGGAGUCUCUGAGGAAGCUGAGGCUAGAGCAGCAGGAAGCUGAGAGACUAACUGCUGUUAUCAUAGGGAAGAGGACAUCCUGGAAGAAUCAGAUGGAACCCGAGAGACACAGGAUCCAGACAGAGUUUAACAAGUUGAGAAGCAUCCUGGACAAAGAGGAGCAGCGACAAUUGAAAAAGCUGGAGGAGGAAGAGAGGAAGGGGCUGAGUAUUUUAGAAAAGGCUGAGAAUGAGCUGGUCCAACAGAGCCAGUCACUGAAGGAGCUCAUCUCAGAUCUGGAGCUUCGGUGUCAGGGGUCAGCAAUGGAGCUGCUGCAGGAUGUAAGUGAUGUCAUGAAAAGAAGUGAGUUCUGGGCCCUAAAGAAGCCAGAAGCUCUCCCUACCAAGCUGAAGAGUAUGUUUCGAGUUCCAGAUCUGAAAAGGAUGCUGCGAGUGUUUAGAGAACUGACGGAUGUCCAGAGCUACUGGGUGGACGUGACUCUGAAUCCACACACGGCUAAUUUAAAUCUUGUCAUGUCUAAAAACCGAAGACAGGUGAGAUUUGUGGGUGCCAAGCUGUCUGGGUCUUACCUGGAAGAGCAUUAUGACUGUGGUAUCCUGGGCUCUCAGCACUUCUCCUCCGGGAAACAUUACUGGGAAGUGGAUGUGGCCAAGAAGACUGACUGGAUCCUGGGGGUGUGCAGUAAUUCAGUGGAACCUACAUACUGUUUCAACCAGUUUACAAACAAUCGAAAUGUUUACUCCAGAUAUCAACCUCAAAGUGGAUACUGGGUGAUUGGGCUACAUCAUAAACAUGAAUACAGAGCCUAUGAGGAAUCUUCCACUUCCCUGCUCCUCUCCAUGAUGGUGCCCCCUCGCCGUGUUGGGGUUUUCUUAGACUAUGAGGCCGGCACUGUCUCCUUUUAUAAUGUCACAAACCAUGGCUUUCCCAUCUACACCUUCUCUAAAUAUUACUUUCCUACCACCCUUUCUCCGUAUUUUAAUCCUUGCAACUGUGUAGUCCCAAUGACCCUGCGUCGCCCAAGCUCUUGAACAUUCCGCUGUCUGCACCCAUAUCUGAGCAGGACCCUUCAUUCUGAGAUUCAUCUGUACCUCAGUCUCUCCUUUCUGAACUUCUGUUUUCUCACAUUCUUACAUCCUUCCCUCAAACAUUUACUCAGUGCCAAAAUAUACCCAGAGGUGAUAGUGGACAUCCCUAAU